CCGACUUCCCGAGAGCUCUUUGCGCUCGCAAUCUCUGCUUCACAGGCUCAUUAGCUUCAUCAUCUCCUAUGCCAGACUGCAUUCACUCUUGAUAGACGUGUUUCGUAUGCCUGCAAUGCUCGAGAACUAACGCCGUUCCUGCAACGACGACACUAGCCGCAAUGGCCUCGCGCACUGCGCCGAAUCGCCAUGGACCCGAGAGCAUUGAAAUCAAUGGUGAAGCUCAACCACUGGCCAAAGAAGCCCAAGAGCGCUCCAAGUCGCACGGCAGAGUGGCGGCGCCGCAGUACAAGCACACCUUCGCCGUCCACUCGGCCGCGCGAACGUCGUGCUUGAGCCACGAUGCAACCGUCGUCCCGUCGUUCCUCGGCUUCCGCAACCUCAUGGGCCUCGUCCUCGUCGUGUCCAAUCUCCGUCUCAUGAUUGAAAAUUUCAAGAAAUACGGCAUCCUCGUCACUCUCUCCGGCUCCAACAUCCGCCCCGGCGAUUGGAGAUGGGCCUUCUUCCUCUACCUCUUGACUCCCUGUCAUCUCUUUAUUGCGUACAUCAUCGAGAUCCUCGCUGCGCGUGCAGCAAAAGACGUCCUUGGAGCAGCGAAGCGCUCGGGGGAUGCCCACCCAGACGACCACCAGGCCAAGCAGAAGCGCGAGGCCGUUUUCGCCACCUGGAAAGUCAUCGCCAACGCCCACGCCGUCAAUGCCACCUUCAUGCUGGUUGUCGCCACCUGGGUCGUGUACUACAAGAUCCACAAUCCCGGCAUCGGCACCUUCAGCGAAUUCCACGCGGUCAUCGUCUGGCUCAAGGUCUGCUCCUACGCCCUGACCAACCGCGAUCUCCGAAGAGCCAUGCUGGAUGACAACACCACACCCGCCGCCGCACUUCCCGACCUCUACAAAACCUGCCCCUACCCCACCAACAUCACGCUCAAAAACCUCAGCUACUUCUGGUUCGCCCCGACGCUCGUCUACCAACCCAUCUACCCCAUGAACUCCACCCGCCGCUGGGACUUCAUCCUCAAGCGCAUGGGCGAGUUCUUCCUCCUCUGCGUGCUCAUCUGGAUCGCCACCGCGCAAUACGCCGUCCCCCUACUAAACAACAGCCUCGAAGACAUCUCGCAGCUGAAUCUCAUCAACAUGAUCGAGCGCGUGCUGAAGCUCAGCACCAUCAGCCUCGUCUGCUGGCUCGCCGGCUUCUUCGCCAUCUUCCAGUCCUUCCUCAACGGCCUCGCGGAGCUCAUGUACUUCGCCGACCGCGAGUUCUACACCGACUGGUGGAACGUGAGCACCGUGCGCGUCUACUGGACCAGCUGGAACCGGCCGGUGACGAACUUCAUGAAGCGCCACGUGUACGCGCCGAUGGUGAGCCGCGGCGUGCCCUCGACCGUCGCGCAGAUCCUCACCUUCCUCUUCUCCGGCUUCCUGCACGAGCUGCUCGUCGGCGUCCCCACGCACAACCUGCUCUUCGUCGCCUUUUUCGGCAUGCUGCUGCAGCUGCCCCUCAUCUUCCUCACCGACCCCUUUGCAAAGAUGAAAGGCCACAACGCGAAGCUGGUCGGCAAUCUGAUCUUUUGGUUCUUCUUUUGCGUCUUUGGGCAGCCGAUUGCCGCCAUGGCGUACUUUUUCGCGUGGCAGGCGAAGUAUGGCGUCGAGUCGAGGCCGACUUGGCCCUUGGUUAUGGGCAACGAUACAAAGACAUGAAUCAAGGCCGAUGAGGAAUGUAUGAAUAACGUAAUGAUAGAGCAGGAGACACGACUAGGAGGGGGGAAAGUAACAG